AAAUCAAAUAUGAUAUCAUUACACAAUAUUUAGUUUAAAACUUUGUUGUUCCUUUGUAGUUUUUAAUAUUUUGUUGCAGCUCGCUGCUUUUUGCACAAGUUGCACGUACUAACAUCCUUUUAGAAUAUGGCCAAGCCAGGGCAACCAAAAUCUCCAUUCAUAAAAAGUAAAAUAACUCCCAAAAAUUUGGUCUAUUUGCGGAAGAAAAAAUAUCGAUCAGUCGUCAACGAUGUGAACGCCAAGCAGGAGGAGUCUUCCGGUGGAAACCACAUAGCUUCCGUGAAAUCGUUAGUCAGUACAGUGAGCACCCGGAGCGAAAGUACGGAUUCCGAUGAGCAUAUCGCAACUAUCACCCCAAGUGCUUCAAUACCCUUUCACCGAAAAAUGACCAGUAAAUUGGCGAAAAAGAACUCGAUGAUGUCCAUAAGUUCGGCAGCUUCAAAGAAGUCAAGAGGCACGCUCAGAAAAACAGUAUCAAAUAUUAAAGAAGAUCCGUUUUAUUUAUAUAAGCUUAAGAAACUGGAAGCCAUCGAUGAAACCAAGCUAGAAAUAUUGCAUUCAAAUCUGGACAUAACUAGUUCCACCGAAAGUGUGGAGGAGGUUCACAGUGAUCCGAGUGAAGGCGAUAAAAUGGUCCCCGAUGGUGGAAAUACGACUGAACGCGAAGACCAGAUGAGUGUGUCCUCCGAUUCGAACAUAAGGAUGCGCUUUGAUAUUCUCGAAGCUCUCAGGGACAUACCUCAUUGGGACGGACUUGUUGCUCCUGGUAGCAUGGAUCAGGGUAUCGAUAAGGAGAAUGUGGAGCAGGGCUUGGAACUAGAAAAGUUACAGAUGCCAUUGGUCAGCAAAUCAGUGGCCUCUUUAUCGGAAAGCCUUAUUCCAAGCGAGUCCACUUAUGAUCCACAUCCUGCCACAAACGAUGCCGAUGUGCACAGUCCGUCGACUGUUUCCUUCGCAGGACCGGAAUCUGAUGACGAAAGCGAUUGGGGAUCGCAGGGAAUGGCAUACAAGUCGAGUCCCGUGCCCACUUUCAAAGACAUGUCAUCAGAGUCCCGGAGGUCCACAUCUAGUACCAAGUCCAUAGGUUCGACCCACCCCGGCGAUCAGUUGGUCGAUGGCUAUUUGGAUUGGCUUAUUGAAAAAGUGGUGUUCGAUAAUGCAGAGUAUUUGCAGGAGAAAAAUCUGGACAAAAGCAAGCUAUUGCAUAGCCUCUUUAAGGAAGUCGACGAUUACCUGUGGGAGAGAUACGACAACGAUUUACUGACCAAACGCCUGACCGAACACCACGUACGCCGAUGCAAGUACUCCCUUGUAACGCCGUCCACUAGUUCCCCCAUCGACGAGGCCCAUCGGAGGCGAUACUUGGGUGCCCUCAACGAACUGGAUCAUUGGCUGCACAGGAAACGAGAGGCUGAGGCGAUUCACCUGGCUGAAAAGGAACGACUUCUGCAGGAGUUGGAGCGGAGGCAAAUGGAGGACAACGAGAAGGUCGAGAAAAUGGAGGAGAUCUUCAGAAAUACUAUUUUUGGGGGCACCCAACCCUCUGAACACCUUCGAUUUGUAACUGAAACCGUUCUGCAACAAAUGAGAAGAAAACGCGAUGUGAUGUCUGCGACUCGACUGAUUUUGAUCAUAAGGCAGCAUAACAAUUCCUACGUCAAACAGAAACUCGAUGAAAUUGAGGCGAAUUCUGAAGAAGUCAAAUUGGCAACUUAUCUAUCCGCCGAACACGACGUUCGGGAGAUGGUCACCACUCUGAACAAUAAAAACGCUGAGCUGCAUCGAAUGCGUAUGCUGGUGAAAACAAAAGUUCAUAGCAUUUCGCAUCUGAGAUGUCGACGGAAACUGCUGAAUCGCAAAUUCAGGGAGGCCAGGGAAGAGUUACGAAAAAGGCAAGAGCAGCACUCAGCUCUGCGCGAUAAAGUAUAUACUUGUAAUCUGAUACACAACAAGCUUCUUGACCAGAUCAAAGAAGUUCGCUAUAAGGGCGGCAUUAUGUGCUACCCCAAGUUGUUGGUCGAUUUUGAUCGAACCGAGAAGUUUAUUGCCAUCAAGCGGGAGAGUGUUGAGGAAUUAAGGACACAACAUGACAAUUUGCUGAGGAGAAUCGGCAUGGUCGAAUUAAAGAUUCUGGAAUCUAGGAUGAGUGGGAGAAACAAGUGAAGAAAAAUCCCAGAUCAAUCAAAGCAGAUGUGUCAAAAUUGUACAAAAAAUUUACAAGUUUUAACUUAUUGGGGUAUUUUAAAUUUUAAUGAAAACUAUAUCAAUUCAAUGGCUUUC